AUGGUGCAUCGCUUGCUCACGGACGAUCAAAAGCAGUCACGAAUGGAUACCUGCCGUAAACUGAAGGAAGAGAUGGAAUUUGAUCCAGACCUUUUAUCGAAGGUCAUCACUGCUCUAUUUAUUCUUUUCCUUUUUUAUUCUUUCGUUUUUUUUUUACCUUCUUUUUUACUUUUCUCCUUAAUUCUUUCAUUGUUCUCUUUUUCUUACAUACACCUUCCUUUCUUCCUUGCUCUUUGUUUAAUUCUUCUCCCCUUCAUUUUUUCUUGCUUCGCUCUCUUCCUUUCUUUCACCCCGCACAUUCUUUUUCAAAUUUACUUAUUUGUCAUUUUAUUGAUUUUUAUUCUUAUUUUCUUAUUCUCUUUUUCUUUUCUUUUCUAUUUCUUUAAUUUUUCCCCAUUUUUUUUUUAUUUCCAACACAUUUCAUUCUUUCUUUUCUUUUUAUUUAUUUCUUUCCUUUCUUGUCAUUUCUUUCUUUUUACCGCUUUUUUUUUAUUGUCGACACCUUUAUUUCAUUUUUCUUUUUUUCUUUCUUUCCUUUACUUUUUGUUAUUACUUCCGACACAUUUAUUUUUCAUUUUCUUAGUUCCUCAACCUUUCAUUUUUUGCUUUCUCAUUUUUUACAUCUUUUUUUUCUUUACUUCGCCCUUCAUAAUACGCCCCCCCCCGACUUUGGAUAACUCCCUCAUUGUCCUCUCUUCAUUCACAGUUAAUAAAAACCACCCCGAACAAAAUCUGCACUAUCGAUUUUAUAGCCUCUGA